AUGGAGCCACCGUUCCCGCCGGAUGUGGCACCAUUUACGCCCAUUUGGGGUCAGGAAAAUCCGUCGCCGAUGGUGCACUAUCCCGAGUUGAUGGCCGGUUUUCCGUGUGCAGAUUUAGCUAUCUGGCCCCGGCAGCAGGUGGGUAGCUUCGUGAGCCAACGGCUAUCGCCCCGCGGUGCCCAGCCCGCUCCGUCGAGCGGCUCGUCCAGUGCGCAGAAGAAAACGCGCCGCCGGGUCGCAUCGAUGGCGCAGCGGCGUGCCGCCAACAUCCGCGAGCGCCGCCGGAUGUUCAACCUGAACGAGGCGUUCGACAAGCUGCGCCGCAAGGUGCCGACAUUCGCGUACGAGAAGCGGCUUUCGCGCAUCGAAACACUGCGGCUCGCGAUCACGUACAUCGGCUUCAUGUCGGAGCUGCUGGCCGGCACACCGACGCACGAUGGCCGCUCGCCCGAGCUCUACCCCACGGUGCACCCGCACCAUGCGCACCAUCACCACCAUCAUCACCAUGCCCACCCCCAGCACCACAGUGGUCACCCGCAGCAGCCGGUGGCGGCACCACACCAUCCGCACCAUCACCAUGGCCCACUUCAUCACCAACCGGCACAUCACAGCCAUCACGGGUCGGCGGGCACCGCUGCCCCACAAUCGUCGUCGUCGUCAUCGGCGCAACCCCUUCACCAUCACCACCAACAUCCGGCGCUACAGCGGGCUGCUGCGGCUGCGGCCGCCGUCGCUGCGGUGGCCGCGUCGGGCGUCGGUGUCGUCAAUGGUAGCGACUACAUCGCGGCAUACGGGGCAGCCUCCGUACCGCAGCACCAUACCGGUUGA